AUGUGCUCCGACGAGAACGGCGCUCACCACACGCUCUUGUACCUCAACGCUCAGCUGGAGGCUUUGUACAACAGCGCGAAGCAUUGCCUCGCUGAGCACAGUGGGUCACGCCGCCCAGAGAGUCGUAUGUUCAGUCACAACUACGCCCUCGCGAAAUAUAGCGCCUCUGGCUUGGACGGUACCUUCGAUGUCGCUUUCCACGCCACUUUUGGCAGGCCCGUCCUGCAGUUUAUCUGUGGCCACGACGCCGUCCUUCACCUCACUCUGGAUGAAAGCCGCUUUGUUGUAGGCGGCAGGGUCUCGACGCUAUACCCGACUCCUCUCAGGGUUACUUAUCGCAUCCCCUUCGAGAGACGCUCCAUCUAUGGGGAAACCCUUCUCAUUGGUGAAUAUGAGAGCGCGAUCAACCUACUGAUCCUCGACUUCGAGAACUCGGUUCUUCUUUCUACCUUGCCGCAUGUUUCAUUCGGGAACGUCCAGCUCACCCGUUUCCUCGCGGGCUAUCUUCGAUUGCUCCAGGAAGCUGGCAACCAUGUCUUCUUCUCCCCUCCGAAGUUUGGUCCCUACAGCCCGGUGAUGAUCACCGACUACGCUCUCUUGGACCUCCCUGAGGCUUUCUUCCACAACUCCAUCCGAGGGAUCAGCGUCGACAAGAUCAACACCUAUCUUACUUCGAUCUGGCUCAAGUCGUCCAUGCUUUCUUACCGCGGCAUCAACGGCGAGAAGGUUGACUGGCCUCUUCGACUCCUCGCACAGUUCAACACGAGGUCUUACGGGCAAGGGACGUACGGUCGCUUCCGUAUGGGACUGGAGCCUCCUACCGUUGAGAUCGUGUGCGACAAGGAGCUCAUCGUUUACUUCAACAUCGACGAGCUUGAUUGUUUCGAUCACAAUGGGAACGUCACUCACUCUUUCAAGGACUGGAAGAUUGCUCUAGUCGUCGACGUUUUGUACCUUAACGAAGCUGACAGUCGCGUUGUGACCCUUCGGCUCGACUAUGACAAAGAGCCGCGCUACCAUGAUUUGAAGUCAUACUUCCCCGGUCUCGUCGAGGACGAUGCGGUGUGCGGCGAACAGACGGAACUUCUCGUGCGAUUCUUUACCAAGGAAUACCUCCGCCUCCUGAAGGACGCCCACUACGACAUUCUGUACACCCACGACACCCGCUGGGAGACAGUCCACAAGCCUCUUGAGCACCCCUCCGGUGGGUGGGAAGUCGGUCUUCCGGAUCACUCUCGUGACUCGAUCCGGCACACGCACAUGUACGGCUUCGACCAGGUCACCGCGCUCUCGCACGGCUCGCUCGACGCGCACUUCGCUUCGCUCCGCAAGAGGACGCACGGCAUCCUGCGCAAGUGGAACCACGACAAGUUCUUCAGCGCCAGGUUCAAGCCGCUCACGGUCCGUCUUCUAAGCGACAACCGCGCGAUCGUGUGGGUGCACCUCAAGGGCGGCAUCCUCACCACACUCCGCGAGUGGGUGCCGUCGCUGGAGCCCGACGCGACCGCUACUUUCGGGGAGUGGCGCCUCGCCUUCGAGGUGCCACUGAAGAAGUGCACGCAACAAGAGCUGGAGGGCUUUGAUUCGGUCGAAUACAAGAACACCGUGGCCUUCGAGAAGCACGGUGUCGCCGAAGACUUUGAGCUCAACCACGUCUAUCUCGACCUCCAGAACGCCGAUUACAUCCACGACUACUCGCUGUUCGCGGACCUCACCCACGACAAGCAGGGGAUCCGCCACUCCGUCCUCAAGCUCCAGGCGGCCAUCCACUACAUGACUCAACACUACUUCCCAGCCCUCUGCGAGCACACCUUCCACGUCCUCACCAGCGUCCCCGUCUGGAAGGCGAACACGACUCUCCCCUCCUCCUACGCGCUCACGAGCGUCGACUUCCAAGUCUACUCCUCCGCGCCCGUCACGCGCAAGAAUUGGGCGCACGUCUCGGCCGGGCACGAGCCCGUGCUCGUCGUCUUCGGCAUGACCGCGCACCGCCCCCCGCCCGCGCACCACCUCGACUGGUCCGCGAGCUGGGUCGUGCACGCCGACGCCGCGCGCAGCUUCUCCCACGGGACGCUCAGCAUCGCGCGGCGCGUGUUCAUGGACGAGCGCGUCCUCGCGCUCCUCGCGCGCGUCAACGUGCUCACCACGCUCGUCCCGCACCGCGCGGACGCCCUUGAGCAGCCCGACUUCCGCGGGCUCCAGCUCGUACCCUGGGCCCGCCAUGAGCAGCGCAAGCAGUGGCCGGCCGAGUGGGUCAUUCAGCCCACGGCGGACGACGGCACGCUCCAGUACCUCUGGCAGCAUGACGAGCGCUGGCAGUACGACUCGCGUGGCAACGCGAACCCGACGAACACCUCGCGUGGCGUGUCUUGCGUCACGCGCAAUUAUGUGGAGCUCCCGACCGCCGUCAAGCAAGGCGCUCUGAGCAUCAGGAUCGGCGGCGAGGUCCAGCUCAGUAUUUCGCUGCAGAACGCAAGGACCUACACCGCGCGCGCCUCCGUCAGCUGGUCGACGCACGUCACCGUCCACACGCUCGGGAACACCAUCACGGUCGACACCGUCGGCUCGCACGACCCCGCCUUCACCCCCGCCACGUACGCGAUCGGGCUCGACGUCGUCCCGCUCGCCGAGCUCGAGCUCUCCGCGACGCUCGCGGACCCCGCCAAGCUCCUCGCCGACGCGUUCCCGCCCAAGGUGGACCUCGACGGGCUCGUGCGCGAGCUCCGCGCGUUCGAGGGCGCGUGGCAGUACUGCUUCCCGCUCGCGGGCGCGGGCGCGUACGCGCUCGCGAGCCCCGUCUUCAACGCGGACGGGGACCUGCUCUUUGAGCUCCGGCGGCACGGCGCGGGCGCGGGC